UUCAAUGAACAUCCCAUCAAGUCUGGUACAGGAAUCCUCCUGGACCUGCCAUGCUUCCUGUGCUCCUUCUGGAGCAGCAUUCCCAAAUGGUGUUGCAAGGCUCACUUGGGAAUACCAGAACACUGCCUGCAGUCUGCUGCUGGUGCCAAAAGGGUUAAACCCCGUGUGGACCAACUAUCUGUGUGGAGCUGCAAACAGCCUCAAUGGACAUCAAAAAGGGACUGCAGUGACUUCUUGAUCAAAGCUCAGGUAAUUUAAUUAUUUGCCUUCAUGAAUCAAGGGCUCCUUGAACAAGCUCGGGAUGCCUGGAUAUUAGAAUAUGGGAAAUUUAUUGUUGCACUCCUUCUAAUGUUCCAACAUCAAAGAGAGCCUGAUCCUAUAAACAAUGCAGUGGGAAGUCAAAGAAUUCAAGUAAAACCUAAUGUGAAGAGACUCAGUUUUCUAAGGUCUUUGUGAACUAGAAAUUAAGAUGACUCCUGUGGGGUCAGAUAUUUACCACUGUGAUUCUUUGUGUCUGUUUUAUGUAAGAAAACAUCUGUCCCACGCUGAAAUGCUCAGCUCCCGCUCCUGUAGAGCCGCUUAGUUGCCGUUGUUUUUCCUGUUCAUCGGUUUUGGGCGAUGUUUUGCAUUUUGGGUUGCAAAUCGCUCUGUGCCAAGCUCUGAGUGGCUCUCUGACCACGUCACACUAUGAAAUUCCAAUUAGCACGUCGCAAUUAGACUGGGCAGCCCUGUGCGGGGGCGGCGGCUCCCGCAGCAUCCCGGCCCAAAGCCGGGAUAAAUUCCGGGAGGGGAGCGCAGCUCAGCCCCAGCGCUCCCUGAGCCUCUCACAGGGGCAGCGAUUGCUCACAAUUGCUGAUGCGAAAAUGGAGUGGCAGUUUUAAAAACCCAGCUGUAGCAGAGAAGCUUGUGUUGCCACCAGAAUGGAUCCUCCACCCGCAAAACUAAAUGUCGCUUUAUUUCUGGAAGAGAUGAACUCCUUUGUAUCUUUUCCUUCUCUUCUCAUUUUAACAUUCUCUUUUCUCGGUCGGCCAAAUUUUCUUUUGCAGCUGGGGCCUGACCCCUGUUGUUUCCUUGUUCAUGGAGCAAACAUAAAAUACUAGAAUUUCUUCUGCCAGAGCUGAAGUAGUAGCUGAGUGGCAGCAGAGCGCUCCUGAAGUGGCAUUUCAGAUGUGUGGAAUAUGCUACAUCAACUGGCAGCAGGUUUCCAGUGGGUGAAGAAACUGAGCUGGGAAGCUGCAGAGCAUUAAGGUGAUGUGUUUAAUGCGUGGUGGAAUCCGAUGUGCACAAGGGUUGGUCUGAAACUCCUCAGUGGCUCCAGACUUUCUGACUUCCAAGGUGGAAGGGGUAGAAUCUCGGAUACUCCUGUGCCUACACACUAACCAAAAAUGAAGGAGGACCACUGUUUACACGCUGCUCUGCUCUGCCUGGGGGUGCUGUGCUACAGCCACGGCCUGACCAUGGAGCACCUCAGCCGCGCCCGGCCCUCGCUGCACGGGCACCACGAGAAGGGCAAGGAGGGACAAGUCCUGCACCGCUCCAAAAGAGGCUGGGUGUGGAACCAGUUCUUCGUUAUAGAAGAGUACACAGGACCAGAUCCUGUGCUGGUAGGAAGGCUUCAUUCAGAUAUUGAUUCUGGAGAUGGAAACAUUAAAUACAUUCUCUCAGGUGAAGGAGCAGGAAUCAUUUUUGUUAUUGAUGACAAAUCAGGGAACAUUCAUGCAACCAAGACACUGGAUCGGGAGGAGAGAGCUCAGUACACCCUGACAGCUCAGGCUGUGGACAGGAACACAAACAGACCUUUGGAACCCCCUUCUGAAUUCAUUGUCAAAGUUCAAGAUAUAAAUGACAACCCGCCCGAGUUUCUCCAUGAAAACUACCAUGCCAAUGUGCCCGAGAGAUCAAAUGUAGGUACAUCAGUUAUUCAGGUAACAGCUUCAGAUGCUGAUGACCCUACCUAUGGGAACAGUGCCAAAUUGGUUUACAGUAUCCUUGAAGGUCAACCCUACUUCUCGGUGGAGGCUCAAACAGGAAUCAUCCGAACUGCCCUUCCCAACAUGGACAGAGAAGCCAAGGAGGAGUACCACGUGGUGAUACAGGCCAAGGACAUGGGAGGACACAUGGGAGGCCUCUCAGGGACAACCAAAGUGACAAUUACACUUACAGAUGUCAAUGACAACCCACCAAAGUUCCCACAGAGUGUGUACCAGAUGUCGGUGUUGGAAGCAGCUGUCCCAGGAGAGGAAGUGGGGAGAGUGAAGGCCAAAGAUCCUGACAUUGGGGAGAAUGGCUUGGUAGCUUACAGCAUCAUCGAUGGAGAUGGCAUGGACAUGUUUGAAAUCACCACAGAUUAUGAGACUCAGGAAGGGGUUGUGAAGCUUAAGAAGACCUUAGAUUAUGAAAGCAAAAAGUCCUACAGCCUGAAGGUGGAGGCAACCAAUGUCCACAUUGACCCCAAGUUCAUCAGCAAUGGGCCCUUCAAGGACACGGUGACAGUGAAAAUAACAGUGGAAGAUGCUGAUGAGCCACCAGUGUUUCUGAAGCCAAGUUACAUUUUUGAAGUACAGGAAAAUGCAGCAUCUGGUACUGUGGUUGGAAAAGUACAUGCCAAAGACCCGGAUGCUGCCAACAGUGCCCUAAGAUAUUCAAUUGAUCGACACACUGACCUUGAAAGAUAUUUUGUUAUUAAUGCAGAAGAUGGCAAUAUCAAGACAAUAAAGGCUUUGGAUAGGGAAGAAAUGGCUUGGCAUAAUAUCUCUGUCUUUGCAGUUGAAGUCCACAAACAGCACCAGGAAGCCAAAGUUCCCGUUGCAAUCAAGGUCAUUGACGUCAAUGACAAUGCUCCCAAGUUUGCAGCUGCCUACGAAGCCUUCGUGUGUGAGAAUGCCCGAAGCAACCAGCAAUUUAUUACAAUUAGUGCUGAUGACAAGGAUGACUCAGCCAAUGGACCAAGAUUUAUCUUCAGUUUACCACCUGAAAUUAUUCAUAAUCCAAAUUUUACACUCAGAGACAACAGAGAUAACACAGCGAGUGUGCUGGUCAGACGGGAAGGGUUCAGCCGCCAGAAGCAGGAUUUGUACCUCCUCCCCAUCGUGAUCAGCGACGGCGGCGUGCCCCCGCUGAGCAGCACCAACACGCUGACCAUCCGCGUGUGCGGCUGCGACGGCAGCGGCUCCCUGCUGUCCUGCAAUGCCGAGGCCUACGUGCUCAAUGCGGGGCUCAGCACCGGCGCCCUCAUCGCCAUCCUGGCCUGCAUCGUCAUUCUCUUAGUCAUUGUCGUGCUGUUUGUAACCCUGAAGAGGCAGAAGAAAGAGCCCCUGAUCGUGUUUGAGGAGGAAGAUGUGCGGGAGAACAUCAUCACGUACGAUGAUGAGGGCGGAGGUGAGGAGGACACGGAGGCGUUUGACAUCGCCACGCUGCAGAACCCUGACGGCAUCAACGGUUUCAUGCCCCGCAAGGACAUCAAGCCCGAGUACCAGUACCUGCCCAGGCCGGGGCUGCGGCCCGCACCCAACAGCGUGGACGUGGAUGAUUUCAUCAACACCAGGAUACAGGAGGCUGAUAACGACCCCACUGCACCUCCCUAUGACUCCAUCCAGAUCUAUGGCUACGAGGGCAGGGGCUCCGUGGCUGGGUCCCUCAGCUCCUUGGAGUCAGCAACAACAGAUUCUGACUUGGACUACGACUAUCUACAAAACUGGGGACCUCGAUUUAAGAAACUUGCAGACUUGUAUGGCUCCAAAGACACUUUCGAUGAUGAUUCUUAACAAUAAAGUUUAAGAUUUGGCCUUAAGAACUGUGUCCGAAGUUCUGAAGAAUCCAGAGGAAAUGUAAGCAGGUAUUUUUUUAAAAACAAGAGAAAUCUCAUUUAAACAUUUAAGUUUGACAGAGAGGAUUCCUUUGAUUAAAAGGACAUGAAAGUGGUAAAUACUGUGAAGUACCUUCUCCUACAAAAGGCAAAUCUGGAAGUUCGCUGCCAGCUUCACUGAAGGAAAAAACCCACUUAAGAAAUGCGAGAUAUUUAAAUGAAGGAAAAUGCUAAAAGCGAAUCUACAAAUAAGGGAAAUCUUUUAUGUGUUAUGAACAUCUAAAUCUUUUAUGUCAAAGAAGCUUCCACAAAUUAGAAAAGAUAACAGUUCUGAGCUGUAAUUUCGCCUUAAACUAUGGACACUCUAUAUGGUAGUGCAUUUUUAAACUUGAAAUAUAUAAUAUUCAGCCAGCUUAAACUCAUAUGGUGUAUGUACAGUACAAUGUACAAUUACUAUGUCUCUUGAGCAUCAAACUUGUUACUGCUGAUUCUUGUAAAUCUUUUUGCUUAUUCUUUAAUCUUAAACUAAUACAUGCCAGAUAUAAAAACUCUGUCUUGUUCGGUGGAAGGCACCCUAUUUCUAUGUCAUUUUUAAUGUAUCUAUUUGUACAAUUUUAAAAUUCUUAUUUUAGUAUACAUACAAAUAUCAGUAUUCUGACAUGUAAGAAAUGUUACAGCAUCACACUUAUAUUUUAUGAACAUUGUACUGUUGCUUUAAUAUGUGCUUCAAUAUAAGAAGCAGACUUUGAAAUAAACUGAUUCUUUUUUAA